UGGGGAGGGAAGGGGUGGAUCCUGUGACGUCAGCAGUCCGAACCGCCAGAGCCAAGCAAGGGGCCGGGGGCGCCGAUCCGGGAAAGCCGGGCGGGGAGAGCUCGCUGGGUCAGGAGAGCAGAGCGGGGACCCCAGAGCGCGGCGGGAACCUGCCGGAGCCGGAGCCCCUGAGGAACCUGGUCGCCCACCCAGGCGAUAGGCGCUCGUAUAGUGGCCCACAGGCCCCCGCCCGGGCCCAGUCCCCUCCCGGGCCCUCCAUGGCCCGGGCCGCAGCCCUCCUGCCGUCGAGAUCGUCGCCGACGCCACUGCUGCUGCCGCUGCUGCUACUGCUGCUGCCCCGGGAAACCGGAGCCCAGGAUGUUCAAAUGCCACCUGAGGUACAAGGCCACCUAGGGGGCACUGUGGAGCUGCCAUGCCACCUGCUGCCACCCACCCCCAAAGUGGAAGUGUCACUGGUGAUCUGGCAACGCCUGGAUGCAGCCGGGGUCAGCCAGAAUGUGGCCACCUUACACCCUAAGUUCGGUCCCAGCUUCCCCAGCCCGCAGCCUGGCAGUGAGCGGCUGUCCUUCGUCGCCGCUGGGCAGAACACCGGGGCCGGGCAAGGCACCAAGAUGGAGCUGCGGGACGCCACGCUGGCCCUCAGGGAGCUGACGGUGGAGGACGAGGGCAACUACACCUGCGAGUUUGCCACCUUCCCCAAGGGCUCCCUCAAUGGGGUGACCUGGCUCAGAGCCAUAGCCGAGCCCCAGAACCACGCUGAGGCACAGGAAGUCACGCUCAGCCUGGAUCCUGUGCCCGUGGCCCGCUGCGUCUCCACAGGGGGCCGCCCGCCUGCCCGAAUCUCCUGGUUGUCACCCCUGGAUGGAGAGUCCAGAGAGAGCCAGGUGGCAGGGCCCCAGCCUGGCACGGUCACCGUCACCAGCCGCUUCACCUUGGUACCCCUGGGCCAAGCAGAUGGUGCCAAGAUCACCUGCAAAGUGGAGCAUGAGAGCUUCAAGGAGCCAGUCCUGCUGCCUGUGACCCUCUCCGUGCGCUAUCCACCCGAGGUCUCCAUCUCCGGCUAUGAUGACAACUGGUACCUCGGCCGUGGUGAGGCCACCCUAAACUGCGACGUCCGCAGCAACCCGGAGCCCACAGGCUAUGACUGGAGCACGACUUCGGGCGUCUUCCCAGCCUCAGCAGUGGCCCAGGGCUCCCAGCUGAUCAUCCACUCGGUGGACACGCUGGUCAACACCACCUUUAUCUGCACGGUCACCAAUGCCGUGGGCACCGGCCGCGCCGAGCAGAUUGUCUUUGUCCGAGAGUCCCCCAACACAGCAGGUGCAGGGGCCACAGGUGGCAUCAUUGGAGGCAUCAUCGCUGCUAUCAUUGCUACAGCCGUGGCCGCCACGGGCAUUCUUAUCUGCCGACAGCAGCAGAAGGAACAGAGGCUGCAAGGGGCAGAGGAGGAGGAGGACCUGGAGGGACCUCCCUCCUACAAGCCGCCGUCCCCCAAGGCAAAGCUAGAGGAGCCAGAGAUGCCCUCCCAGCUCUUCACUCUGGGGGCCUCCGACCACAGCCCACUCAAGACCCCUUACUUUGACGCUGGUGUCUCGUGUGCUGAGCAGGAAAUGCCUCGAUACCAUGAGCUGCCCACCUUGGAAGAGCGGUCAGGACCCCUGCUCCUUGGGGCCACAAGCCUGGCAUCCCCCAUCCUGGUGCCUCCAGUGCCACCUGCUGUGGAGGGAGCUUCCCUGGAUCUAGAAGAUGAGGAUGAUGAGGAGGAAGACUAUCUGGACAAGAUGAACCCCAUCUACGAUGCCCUGUCCUAUACCAGCCCCUCUGAUUCCUACCAGGGCAAAGGCUUUGUCAUGUCCAGGGCCAUGUAUGUUUGAGCUGCCAUGGGUCUGGCCUCUCACCUCUCAUCUUUUGAUCCUUAGCUUUCUGCCAGGGAUCUAGUGCCCCCUGACCUCUGGCCAGGCCACUGUCAUUUAACACACAUGCAUUCCAUCUGUGACUUCUACCUUGGUGGCUCCACUAUGACCUCUAAUCCAUGAUCUCUGACCCAGAGAAACCCACCAUGACAAAGGAAACCAGGUAAUCUUAUUUCAUGAGGCAGGGAUGGGAAGAGUAUGUUUCUGCCCAACCUCUCACUCCAAGGACUUCUCUCCAAGACUGUAACCUUAGACCAUACCUCUUGUCUCCCACCAACAUCUCCACUCCCCAAAAUCCCAAAGAAGACCCCAGACCUAGGAUUUGUCCUCAAGCAGUAAAUUCCCAAUAGGUCUGGAAUGCAAGUUGAGGACUCCCUGCUGCUCAGACCUGAGCCCUCCAGGCGGCAGGGCCCCUCUUGCCCCCUCCCCACCCUGUUUCCCAAAGGUGGGAGAGAAAGGAUUCCCCAGCCCAAGGUAGAACUUUCCCAUCUCCUCUCUCCUGCAGGCAGGAGUCUCAGGGCCCAGACCCCUCCCUGAGCCCCCACUACCCCAAUUCCUGUCUACAGAGCUUGAAGCCCCAGCCCAGGGCUAGAUGGGGGUAAAUCUCAUGCAGAGUGUGCCUUGAUAGCCCCAGCCUUGGGAGAAUUUGAUGUUAUCAUGAAGACUACUGAAUCCUUUUACCCCUGCCCGGUGGGAUGGGACCUAAACAUACCCCUCAAGUUACCUUGGUUGAAGGUAGGGGAUGUGAUAUUGUUUUGUAAGCUAACAUUUCCUACAAAAUAUGAAUUUAUACUUUGA